AUAUACAAUGCAUUUUGUAUUAUAAAAAAUAUAUGUUUUAUUUACAUGCAAUACAUAACCUUAAAAUGAAUACCUUGCACAACAAUAUUGAUUUGUAUAAAAGUAUCAGCUAUAAUUGACAAAUGGUUUUUAUUGUAUACAAUGCCUAGGAAAACUGCCGCAGGCUUUGUUAUAUUCCGUAGAAUUUGCGGAAAAAUAGAAUAUCUAUUAUUACAAACGUCUUACGGUAUACAUCACUGGACACCACCAAAAGGACAUGUGGAUCCAGGAGAAACAGAAAUGAUAACGGCUCUCCGUGAAACUCAAGAGGAAUCAGGACUCUUAAAGGGUGAUAUCAAAAUAUAUGAAAAUUGCAAAAAAGUUUUGAAUUAUGAAGUUAGUGGUGUUCCAAAGAUUGUGAUAUAUUGGUUGGCUGAAUUAAUAAAUCCGAAUGCCAAAGUUAAAUUAUCAGAUGAACAUCAAGACUACAAAUGGUUGAAUAUCGAGGAAGCGUGCAAAUAUUCUGAAUAUAAAGAUAUGCAGGAAGUUUUGGCAGAAUUUGAUAGCUUCAUCAAUAAGGAGUGUGUUUCCUGAAUUUAUUGCAUUUUUUAUUUGUAUUAUAAAUUUGCAUAAGAAAAAUAAAGAAAAAAUAGUGUAGAUA